AUGUGUCCGAGUCAUUUGCAAGAGAAAAUUAUCCAAUUAAAUGUUUUGUUUAAGGAAUCCGAUACCGUAAUCGAUGACUUACAAGCUACACUCGUUGAUUUCCUCUUGGAACUUCAAAAAGACUUGGACCUAGACUUCGUUCAAGUUGAACGUAUAAGACAAUAUCUCAAUGACAGAGGCACUCUAUUUCGUUUCCUUAGACGAGCUGGUUUCGAUUUCGAUUCAGCCUUGAGAACUCUCAAAUCCGACUUACGAUGGCGUGUGGAAAAUAAUGUUGACACCAUUUCUCUCGCCGACGUUCAUCCAUUAUUUGUUGAAAAAGGAUUAUUCUUUUUUCAUAAAACCGAUAAAUUUGGCCGUCCCUGUGCAGUGUUCAACUUGCGUGAAUACAAGCGUGACGAUGGAUCUCCUACUAUUGAAGAGGUGAAAAAAUUUAUCAUUUAUAACGCGGAAGUAGCCAGAAGGAUGCUAUUGGACAGGACUAGAGAAUCAAGAGAUGGACCGGUUCUGCAAUACGUCAUCUUGUUAGAUUUGAAAGGAGCCGGGGUUUCCACUUUGGAUCUGGAAUUGGUCCCGUUUACGAUCGACAUCAUGAGGCACCAUUUUCCUGGUUCUGCGGGAUCAAUAUUCAUCCUAAAUUAUGGGUGGAUGUACUCGGGCAUUUGGCAAAUUGUCAAACGUAUCCUUCCCGAAGAAUCCCUAAACCGUAUCUUUUUUCCCUCGGAGAAGGAAAUUUGGAAUUAUUUCGAUGAAGAAAAUGUGCUUAUAGAACAAGGUGGAAAAGAUACUUAUGAAUACGAUUCGGAAACUUGCGAAGCGUUCAGAUUUUAUGGAAAUCCAUCACCUGUAUUACAAAUACCUUUGAGCAGAGCAACAUCUUUUGACUCUUUGCAUGACGUAUUCUAUUCCGCGCAUAAUACUCCAUUUCAUAGUCGUCCAUCAACUCCAUUUUUCAGUAGACCAGCCACCCCACACGGAAGCCGGCCGGGCACUCCCGUUUCCAGCCGACCCGCAUCACCCGGUUUGGAUCACGUGGCUGUCCCGAAUUGGUUAAAAAUGACGCCACUUUCCCCCAUGGCAUCUCCUAAUCUUCGAUUUACCGUCAUCGAUCAGGAAGUGCCCGCAUUAACGUCGCAUAACCCCCUUAAUCAACAUCUCCCCUCCAUCACACCUAUAUGUAAGACAACAAAUGAGGACAAUGACUCUCAUUUUGAUCUCCAUCAUACUCAUCAUGUUCAUUUUCAAGUCGAUGAAAAUCAACAACAAUUGCAACAUCCUAAUGAUGAUGAUGGUUCAUCACCAACCCAUCGUCACAAUUAUCUUUCAAUCAUACGAUCUAGAAGCGUGCGUCGCGUAAAGCUUUUCUUCACGAGAUUAUUGAGGAGAUUAAUCGCACGCAGGGUGUCAGGAUUUUUAUAUUACCUAGUUAUGGUGGUUUUAUUACGCGGUGGCCUAAUGGACGAAUUCCUGAGAUUGGUUACACAACAGGUUACCAUGCAAUUGAGCUGGAAUGCAAGCACCGCAACGAAUUUAACGACUGCACUUUUAUCUGCUGCUCUGAGUGGACGAAAUGGUAACCGCCUUUUAAGAACGUGA